GGUCCCUCCUUUCCCACGCUGGUGACAGUGGCCGGGUUCGACGGUGCCAUGGGGCCACUGUGGCUCUGCCUCCUCAUCCUCACUGCAUUCCCUGGCUCCACAGCCCUGCAAGACCUGGGCGGCUUGGUGUUCGUGUUCCCCCAAGAGUCCGAUCGCGCCCACGUGCAGGUGACAGCCAGGCUGGAGACGCCCCUGACCGACUUUGCCUUGUGCCUCAAGUCCUACACCGACCUCACCCGGCCCUACAGCCUCUUCUCCUACGCCACCAAAACACACAGCAACGAGAUCCUCCUCUUCAAGCCCAAACCUGGCCAGUAUGACUUCAACAUCGGCGACCAGUUCUUGUCCUUCAGGGUGCCCGAAGUUCUCGGGGGGGUCGAGCACGUCUGCGUCAGCUGGGAAUCCUCCACGGGCAUUGUCAGCUUCUGGUUCAACGGGAAGCCCUGGCCGAGGAAGGGGCUGCAGAAGGGCUACACGGUGGGAGUGCCAGCAUCCAUCGUGCUGGGGCAGGACCAGGACAGCUUCGGGGGUGGUUUUGAUGCCAAGCAGUCCUUCGUGGGGGAGAUUUCAUCCGUGUACAUGUGGGACACGGGGAUCUCCACCAUGGAGGCGGUGUCAGCCAUGUACGACACACCUGAAAGAGACCCCAUUUUUGGCUGGAAGAAUUUCCCCUACAAGAUCGUGGGCGAGGUGUACCUGAAGCCCUGAGGCUUUGGGGGGUGUCCCCCAUCCCUGCUGUGCAACCCCCUCCCCCAAAGCCACCCAGCAUUGCAUAAA